UCGACGAACAUGCUGUUGUCCUUGUUUGUGAUCAACAAGGCUGGGGGGGUGGUGUACCAACAAGACCUGAGUGCUGAAGCGCCCAAAAUCAGUAGCAAUGACCGUUUGCGCCUAGGCUCAACCUUCCACAGCAUCCACGCUAUCGCAGCAUUGGCGGCGCCAGUGGCGUCCAAAGGCAUUGUGUCGAUGGACACGGACUCGUUCCGGCUGCAGUGCUUUCAGACGCUGACAGGCACCAAGUUCUUCAUCACGGCGCUGCCAAACAUCUCCAGCGGCGACCUUGAGGCUGUGUUGCGCCAAAUCUACGAGUUGUACGCAGACUACGUGCUCAAGAACCCGUUCUACGAGCUGGAAAUGCCGAUUCGCUGCCACCUCUUUUACACCAACCUCCAACUGCUCGUCGACAAAGUCAAUACUUCGUCUACUAGACGUCCAUAUUAAGCAUUAACGUUACUCGUCAUUUUCCA